GGGAAAAGGGGAAAGGAAAAGAUAUUCACGUUCGCAAGAAUAGGAAAAAAGGAAAGAAGUAAAGGAGUUACGCGGAAGCAAAAGAAAUAUAUCGCAUAUACGCGUUAUCCGUAACAGCAAUACAUAUAUAAAUAGCUGACGAAAAGGAAAUCAAAAGCGCAGCGAGCGAUCACGACUAUCACUUUUCCCAAUUAUGGACUCACGAAUCGGCCUCGAUUAUAUUGUCGAAAAUCGUGAUUACAUAUCAAAAUUAGGCACCGCCUUGGAUACAAAUAAUGUCGUGGUUAAAAAACAAGUCUUUGAAUUACUAUCAGCUUUAUGUGCCUAUAAUGCAGACGGUUACGCUCGUGCCAUUGAAACAUUAGAAUUUUAUAAGAAUCUCAAAAGCGAACGUUAUCGAUUUAAGAUUGUCAUUAAUGAAUUGGAAAAGGCCACUAGUGUCGACUAUCAGGUUGCCCUCUUGGCGUUCAUCAAUUGUGUAAUUAUAUCAGCGACAAAUUUACAAGAUCGAAUUAGGAUACGUAAUGAAUUAAUAGGCUUGAAAGUCUUACCUCUUUUAAACAAUAUAAGAAAAGUUGCACAAAGUGUAGGAGAUAUUAUCGUGCAAUUGGACGUAUUCGACGAGCAAAGAGAAUGCGACGAAGCACAAAGCCUACAGGGCCCGAAUGGCAUAAACCUAAGCUCACAUCUUGACGUCUUUUACGCGAUACUAAGACAGGUAGCCGAUACACCACAAGAAGUACCAUUUCUCAGCAUAUUACAGCAUCUACUACGCAUUGAUCCAAAGGAACCCGUAAGCGAUAUCAUUUGGGAUACGGCCGAAAAAUUAGUACAUCGAGCCACUUUACUUGAAAACCAUGAAGACUCAGUCCGUCUUUUAAGAACAUCGAGUGGUCAAAAAUUUACCUGUCCGAAUUGUCGUAGUGAUGCUACUAGUCCUAGUCGUAAACCAUCCGGUGUACCGAUUUCACUGCAAAGCGCAUCUGCGACAACUUUAACGCCGCUAAAUAACAAUGGACAUUUGCAAUCGGUUUCAACAGGAGUUAACAAGCCGCCACCGCCCCCACCACCAGCACCUCCUAUACCAACCCAUUUAGCGAAUAAAGGAGUACCACCACCACCACCUCCACCAAUGAACAGGGCACCCGUCCUACCACCCAUAGCUGGUGCUCCCCCAAUCCCUCCUCCACUGGCUCCCACUAAUUUAUUAGCACCCCAUAGCACUUUGACGCCUUCCCGUCCUUUAACACCCGAACCACGUUUAAAUGACAUACUGCUGCCACAGCAAGACACUCCUGCACCGAAGACAAAAAUGAAGACACUAAAUUGGGGUAAAAUUCCUCCUAAUAAAGUGUUAGGAAAGCAGAAUAUUUGGACAAUAGUUGCCAGCAACCAUCAAGGCAAUUCUACGACGGAUAUGGAUUGGUCUGAAAUGGAAGGUUUGUUUUGCAUACAAUCAACAAGCGCACAAUGCUCCCCCAAGCUAGGACGUGCAGAUGGCUUCGCCGGUGGUUCAGUCAGCGUGGGUCACGAUACCUUGGAUCGAAAGUCAAAAAAGGAAAAUACUGAAAUUACUUUGUUGGAUGGUAAGCGCAGCCUAAAUGUGAAUAUAUACCUCAAGCAGUUUAAGGGUUAUAAUUCCAACGAUGAGAUAAUACAACUUAUACGUAAUGGUGACCAUGAAGCCAUAGGAGCUGAAAAAUUAAAAGGUUUAUUAAAAAUUCUACCCGAAGUUGAUGAACUUGAUAUGCUAAAGUCUUUUAACGGCGAUCGCCAACGUUUGGGCAGUGCGGAGAAAUUUCUUCUUCAACUCACCGAAGUACCAAAUUACAAAUUACGCAUUGAGAGUAUGGUCCUGAAAGAAGAAUUUGCCGCCAAUAUAACCUAUUUAGAUCCAUGCAUAAAUGCGAUGAUAUACGCGGGAGAUGACUUAAUGAACAAUAAGCAUUUACAAGAAGUCCUUUACAUGGUAGUGGUCGCUGGUAAUUUCCUGAAUUCGGGCGGUUACGCUGGUAACGCUGCUGGAGUGAAGCUAAUAUCGUUACAAAAACUAACUGACAUCCGAGCCAAUAAGCCCGGCAUGAAUCUUAUACACUUCGUAGCAAUGCAGGCUGAAAAACGUAAUCCUGCUCUCUUGAACUUUACUCAUGAAUUGAGUGUUUUGGAAAAUGCUUCCAAGACUACUCCAGAGCAAAUAAACAAUGAGAUUAAUACCCUGGAUAAUCAUAUCCGAAGAAUCAAGAGGCAAAUUGAAUUACCCGCAACCGACGAGGAUAUCAAAGAGCAAAUGACGGAAUUUUUGCAGAGUGCCGAACGCGAACUAUCUGUUCUAAAAUCUGGGAUGAGGGACGUGGAAUCGAUGCGACUUAAACUAGCAGAAUUCUUUUGCGAAGAUCCUGCCACGUUCAAACUUGAGGAGUGCUUGAAAAUUUUCCAUAUAUUCUGUGAUAAAUUUAAACAGGCAAUUAAAGAGAAUGAACGCCGCCAACAACAAGAGGAACAGGCGACACUUAGGAGAAAGCAAAGAGAAGAACAAUUAGCUCGAAAAACCAAAUACGCGAAUCAAUGCGGUACACCGGUUUCCGAUAAUGAAACAACACAAUACAAUGCAGAUACAAUAUUUGAUCCUAAGUCGAGUCCAGCCUUUUCACGUAAACGUAUGAGUUCGUUUAAUAAUGGCUCCGAUGUAAACAACGGUUGUAUCCGAAUUGAGGCUACGAAUGGUGGUGGUAGUGAGGGUAUAUCACCCGACAUAACGCCGAAUGGCAGUAUGCGAAGAAGACGCAGCCGUGUCUUGACUGAAGAAGAUGAUCUUAUGGAAUUCUUAAGGAGCUCGGGACACGACCAUCAAGGUCGAGAACGCAAGGUGGCAUACGGCAGUCUAGAUCGUUCAUGGGCACGACGUGCACGAUCAGGUAGCUCUAAUCGUAAACGUCCCGACUUAUUGAACGUAGAUUUUGGUACGGAUAGAGAACGUGCCGCUUCACCAGCUCCAAUAUUAACUCAAGAUAAAACAUCUCCAGUAUCUUCAAGCGGCGGUGAAAUAAUAAAAGAGGAAGUAAAACCAAGGAUACCUAGAGAAUGGCGGCAAAAGAUCGAAACUUGGCUACAAUCGAACGAAAACGAUGAAAAACACGAAGAAUAUAAACGUAAGCGACGUUUGGUUAAUAUCAACCGAAGAUCGCUUGAAAACGAUUCGGAAAGCGAACGAAAAUUGGAUACAUUACCCGAGGAGAAAUGUGUACCCACUACGCCGAAUCUUUACAAUAACGAUUCCAAUCAAAUAAAAAUAAACAAGAAUGCGAAAGGCAAUAUUAACACAACUGAUGUGCUUAAUCUCUUAAGUGAAAACUAUAAACGUCCAUAUCCGGAUUGGAAGCCUUCGGCAACGCUUGAUGCAGACGUUGUUGGCACGUUGCAAGCAAUAGCAGACGUUAGCAAUACGCGAAAAAAACCAAAGUCGAAAGAAAAAACAGUUGAAACUGAAAUUGAAGUCCCUGAUUCUGCCAUCAGCCUUUCACCAACUUUACUAACGGAUGAUAUUCAAAAUUAUCAAAAACCGAAUGAUUUGGUCGUUUGCCGAAAACAGAAAUCAACAGAAAAUAACUAUACUUUGGAAUCGAUUGCCGAAGAAGAUCGUCGCAAAACGCUUAUACAACAAUUGGGUGAACGAGAUGCUCCCGACCGGCUUCAUACUUAUAUAAUAGAAAAGGAGACAGCACCUACGAAAUCUCAUGCUUCAAUUUUGUCGACGCCAAGCUUAGUUGACUCCCAUAAACCGUCAAUCAAGUCAAGUAUUAAUACCAAAGUACAUAUGGAAAGUGAAGUUAAAACUAAAGUAGAUGCAAGUGCUCGGUUUUCAGAGAACUCUAGCAAAACCCAAAGUCACAAUGAAAUCACUCAGGCAUACAAUCGUCAGGAAAUCGAUGCUGAUAACAUUGAAACUCCGCCAGCGGAACGUAAAUUUAUAUCUAGUCCCCCCACAGCUGUAGUAAUGGUAAACGGAAGAGUCGAAAAUCUUACAACGACAAAUGCAAACCACAAAAAUAUUGAAACGGAACAGACAUGUAUUGAAAACCAACUGGACAACGCCGCACCCGGGCAUUUCGAUCGUUAUUCUUUAGCAAGACGCACAAGACGCUUCAAACGUCCUACCGAUUAUAGUAGUGGCAAUGAGGAAUUAUCCUCAAAUAAAGUUUCCAUUGAAAAUAAAUCAUCAGCUCAACCGGUCAAUACUAUUGAAAGUCGUAAAGGCCAAGCAACAAAGGUUGUGGAAAAACCAGCAUCUCUACCGUCAAACAAUCAAAAUGCCGAAGUUAUCCCCAAACGUCCCGCACUGAGCUCAAGAACGAUAACCAAACUUGAAAAAGUGGGUCGCCACAUAAGCUCCAUUAAUCAAAAAGAUGUGCAAGAAGCCAUUCGAAAUUUAAAAUCACCAACCGAUAUACCUGAACGUCUAUGGAGUCCGUCACGUAAUGCGGCGAAAAACAAAUCGAACUUGCCUACAGGGCAUAUACCCGCGACCACAAUCAAUAGCGGUUCCGCGAUUAUAAAAAUUUCUAAUCAUGAGCUUAACGAUGAAGGUUUUGAGGAAACGCAAAGUCUAGUCUCUGAUACUCCGUCACAUGGCAAAGAGAGCACGAAUUCUUCCUGCAAUGAAGUCAACGAGACGUCGAGCGUGCUACAUAAAACGAUCACUCAAAAAACAACGGCACCCAUACAAAAGAUAUCUAGCAAAUUAGCAGACAGACUGCAUUUAUCCAAACUAAGAAAUGCGCAGGCAACAAGACCUUUGCCGUCUAGUAGUCAAAGUGCCCCACGAAAAAUUGUAGUUUCAGUAGAUAAAACACGCAAUGCACGGGUAGCAAAUGGGCAAUUAGUGACAGGUUCAGGUACAUAUGCAAACAAUCCUCAGCAACGACGAACUAACGGCCCGAUCACUGCAAACAUACGCAAUGUUGAACGCAGCGGUUCACGCAACAGUUUACGUUCAUCGCGUUCUUCCAUUAACAGUGCCGCGUCUACUCAAACCGUUAAACGUAUGCCCGUAAUGCUAAAUAAAGCACCGUUACAAACCGUAUCGGUAGAAUCUUCGCCAAGCAAAAGACCUUUGGCGGCUCAGAACACAAAAAUUACUUUAAACGGUGUGCGCAUGAGCGGUGUUCCUGCCAGCCGAAGUAGCUCCAGUGGCUCCAGCAUCGGACAUAAUAUUGUAGUUGUACGUAAAACUUCGUCCAACGCAUUGCAACGCCAUCAUCCUGCCAACAAUAAUCUUGGCAGUACAAGUUUCAAAGAGAAUCAAACCAAUGUGGGCUCUUCAAGGCCUCAGGCAGCUCGUAAUACCAUACUGGUAAAGACAACAUUAACAAAUGCACCCGCCAUGUCAAGUAUGCAACGUAACAAUAACCCUCGCAGCAAUAGCUCUAACUCACGAGGUAUCAGCAGUUUUAUGAGGCCAACUACUGCUAGUACUACUAAACGUCAGAAAUAAGUGCACAUAAUAAAAAAAAAAAACAUUGUAACAUUCCAAAAUGAUAAAAAGAUCUAACGAGAAACUGAUUCAAAGACAGAUUUUAUUAAUAAUCCAUUAUCUGUUUUGUUAGAGUAUUAUUAACUAGUAUUUAAUAAUAAAUAGUCUCAAAUUGUUACUAGUACCGCAACCAAAUUAUAAACAAAAUUAGUAUUAGUCAGUCAAAGCCUCCAAAAUGAUUAGUCCCCCUGUUCCCCUCCUCCAAAAUUGAAAAUAUUUUAAAUAUCAAAACUUAAACCGUCCAAAAACUCUUUCGAAUUUGUAUGGCACUUGUUAUAAAUAAAAAACUUUUUUUUUUUUUUUUUUUUUUGUAUAAGAAACCAACAUUUACAAUCAUCACAGCAAACAAUGCCGGCCAAAACUUACAAUAUUAAUGUCUUAUAUAAUGAGUGUCGAUAUCAAAGAAAAAUGGCCAAUAAUAUAAGGCGAGUAGUCCCAUAAUUAUAAGUACUAUAAGUACAUAUAUACAUGUCAUGUUGAGAAAUUCAAAAACACCACAUAAAUCCCGUAACAAUGAAAGACACAAAGGACACCAAAUCUCAUUUACAUCAUACAUGCAUAUAUUUUUUAUA